AUGGCUGCCCUGGAGCUGCUGCGAGGCGCCGAGGCCGAAAUCACGGAGGUGUUCGGCAGAAAGCUCAGACUACGCCAUGCGGGGCAAGGUGCCGGAGACGCCGAGCAAGGAGUAUACACCCGCGAGCGGUCACGUUCGCGCGACCGCCGCGGCGGCAGCGGCGUGGUGUGGGUGACGCUCUUCGUGGACGAGCUUUCCAUGCCCGGCCGGCCCCAGCUCGAGCCCUUCCACACGACCGUGAGGUUUGGGUCGACCCGCUCCUGGACGAGGGCGGCGGCCAUCAGUGGCUGGCGGAGUUCGGCGAGGUCGAGGAGGUGUUCCGCAUCCCCGACAUCGACAACCCUGGCGAGGAGAGCGACCGCGGCUACGUGA